AUGGGCUGCCUUUUGCUUGAACUGCUGCUGACACUCACAGGCAUUUCAUUGAUUAUUUUCUUCACAAUUUAUUUUCUGUGGCCUUCAGCACUGGUUAGGUUUGCCAUAUGGUAUGGUCGAAAGAUAAAUGGGUUGCAAGUGAGAUAUGCUGAGCAUAAUGGCUAUAGGUUCUGUUACUUGACCCAUGGGAAGCCUGGCCUUCAGCCUUCCAUACUGAUGCUUCAUGGGCUCACACUCAACAAAGACAUGUGGUUAUUCACCCUCAUGCUUUUUCCUAAGGACAUCCAUGUGAUCGCUGUUGAUAUGCCUGGCCAUGGGGAUACCACUUGCUUGCCAGGAGAUAGCUAUACCAUUGUUUAUCAAGUUGAAAGGUUACACCAGUUUGUCGAGUGCAUUGGUUUGAACAGAAAGCCUUUUCACUUGGUUGGCAUCUCCAUGGGUGGACUGUUUGCUGGGGUUUAUGCUGCCAACUAUCCAUCUGAAAUCUUCUGCCUGUCUCUCCUUUGUCCAGUCGGCAUAAGAAGUCCAAGAGAAACUGAGGUCAUGAAGCGCCUGAAGAAGCAGUGUAAAAACCGUUCCACUGACAACAUUUGUUUCAUUCCUUUGAAUGUUGAACAAGGAGAAGCCUUGCUCAGACAUGGUCUGUAUAAUCACAUCAAGCUACCAAAACAGGUCAAGAAGGGAAUUCUGGAUAUGCGGCUGCCAAACAACAACUUUUUCUAUAAAUACUUCUUUGACAUGUUCAAUGAUGAGUCCCUGUAUAGCCUUCAGGACAACAUGAGCAAGAUCAAAGCUCCAACGCAGAUCAUCUGGGGGGAAAAUGACCAGGUACUGGAUCCAUCUGGAGCAGAAGUUUUAGCUGCAGGCAUUCCUCAUGCCCAAGUACAUAUGCUGGAGAAAUGUGGGCAUGGCAUAACGUUAGAUUCCCCCAAGAAAUCUGCAGCGCUCCUGCUGGACUUCCAUGCUUCAGUUUCUUAUGUCAAGAAUAACAAGCUGGCAUAA